UUUCAAAAAAUGAGCGAAAAAUCAAAGGACGUUGAGUACACUCCUAUCCCCAUGCAAGAGGAUGUUGAGGCUCUCGAAGGUCAUGAUAUGAAGCGUCACUGCAAGCGUAGAUGCCAACAUAAGCGUCGUAAGAUGCUCAAGAAGAUAGGUUUAGGUGCUGCAAUUACCAUCUUUGCACUCUCUAAUCUGUCCACACCUUCAUGGUCAUGGAGAGGAUAUGGAGGACAACAAUUUAAUGGCGAAGACAAGCCCACUUUCUACUACCCUGAAGAGCUUGCUGAGCAAAAUAUUCCUGAACCUGAUCAUUACGCCAUGAAGGUUGCCUCCAUGUUCUCAGACUUUGACCAGGACCGUGAUUUCGAUCACCACCACGGUCGCGGUCGUCCUCAUCAUUGGGGCAGGGGCCGGCAUCAUGGUCACCACCAUGGCCCUCCCGUUGCUGAGGAACAGGAUGGACCCCGUGGAUUCCACCAUGGUCCUCCUGGUUGCUCCCGUCGUCCCGGUUUUCCUGGUCGCCACGGCCAUCACGGACCUCCCGGUCCUGAUGAACGUGUAGAUGAUGAAGAUUUCGAAGAAAAUGAUAUGCCAUUCCAUGGUCGUAAGCAUCAUCAUCAUCAUCAUCAUCAUCACCACCAUGGAGAAGGUCAUGGUAGACACCAUGGCAAGCAUCACGGAAAGCACCCACACGAUGAACCUCAGCCUGAACCCGAAGUCGAAAACGAUCUAGCAAACGAUAUCGAUGAAGACUUCGACGUUUCAUUCCCACCGUUGGAUGUACCCAGUUUCGAUCCAGUACCCAGCUCAGAAUGGAUCAGAAUUUACGAUCACCACUUUAAUUAUGAAGACGUUGACGUACCAGAAGUUGAGACAGAAGACUUCACUGGUAUUGAACAAGGCGAUGACCAAUUGCAUUCAAUGCCAUAUGAUGAUGAUAGAGACAUGCCACCUUUUAUGAACGCUGUUGAUGACGAAGACGUUGGUGGCGAAUUUUUUGAGGAGCCUACACCUCCAACCUCUUCCGACGUCCCUCACCCAACUGACGAACCCCGUCCUCCUCACCAUCGAUUCCCUCAUCAUCCCCCACACCACAGACGCCCUCCUCAUCACCGUGGUGGCCACUGCAAAGACGCCAAUUUGACUUCUGAAGUCACAACUUUAGAAUUCUCACCUGAAGAAUUUAAGGAAGCUGCUCUCUUCGUCGAUGGUGCCUUCUCCGGUUCCAAAGUUGAAAUCACCCAAGCUAGCAGUGACGAUGCCGUUGCCGACAAAGUCCAAGUCGAAGUCAGCAUUCUUACCAGCGACGAGAAGUUGAACGACUUGGUAGCAAUCAGCUCUUUCGACCACGAAGGCAAAUAUUCUGUUGAAGUCAAGGGUCCUGGCCAUCCUCCUCGUCCAUCUCAUUCUUUCUUUGGUAAAUUCAUGGGAGGUCCCCAAGAUGAGCCUGACCAUCCUCCCCCGCCUCCCUGCCUCAAAGCACAUGUUAAGAUCACCUUCCCCGCUGGACUCAAGAAAUAUGAUGGUCUGGAUUUGCAUCUCCGUGCUGCCUUUGUCUCAAGUAACCUUAGCGGUCUCACCUUUGGCAAAUUCCGUGCUGGUGUUGGCCGGGGCCGCAUUCAUUUGGAAGACAUCGAAGCUGAAGACAUUCAAGUCGCCGCUUUCCGUGGCAAGAUCACCGGUUCCUACAAGCCUUCUCAUUAUUUUGGAGCUAGCACUGUAAGAGGCAUCUCCAACGUUACCGUGACUCCUACUAGCGCCAAUGCUACUAUCAAGGCCAACACUGUUGGUGGUUAUGCUCACAUUCAAUUGCCCGCUGAUGGUUAUGAAGGCAAGUUUGCUGUCUCAGCCUUGUCCGGCCACAACACUGUUCAUGCUCCCAAUCCUGCUGAUAUUCAUGUCACCAAGCUGAGACCUUACCUCAAGGCUGGUUAUUACAAGGAAGAUUCGGCCUCUGUUGUCGUUGUCUCCGCCGCUCAUGGUGUAGCUAAGCUUGAAUUCGUUUAAGCGUUUUCCUCCAUUCCUUUUAUUUCCUUUUUCUCAAUACAAUUGCUCAACAUAUAUGUUUCACCAGUAUCAUACAAUAUCUAACUGUAGUCAGUUCAAUUAAAACCACUUGAGUAUGCAAUCCGAAUUAAAUAUAAAAAAAUCUGUACAAAAUUUCAAACCCAUAAA